AUGCAGAGAUGGUGCGGAAAACUUCGAUUAUGGGCUUUUUCUUCUUCUCGUCUUCUUCAGCACUCUGCUCCGCUGUUUCAUGAACCACUUGCAUUUCCUAUAAGCAGAAGUGCUUUAAAGCCUGUCUUUGGUUAUGCUCCUUUAGGAACACUGCCUCCAUUGGUGGAGUUAGGGUGUCUUUCUUUAUCUUCUCAUUUCUUAUUGAAUCAAAGGCGUCUUUAUUCUUCGAAGGAGCGGAAGAGAAAACCCGGCACUCCAGUUACUUCCAAGUUGAAGAAAAUUAAGAUCAAAUCUUACUCAUCGUUUAAAUCUAGAUUUAGAACUAUGAAUGAUGGUACAAUUCGGCGAUGGAGGGUAGGGAAACGACACAAUGCUCAUUUGAAGUCCAAGAUAUCAAAACGGAGACUUAGACUACCGGCCCUUGUCCAUCCUGCUUAUGCCAAAGUGCUGAAGAAGCUCAACUUCUGUGGUUGAUCUUGGGAAUUCUCUAAAUGCUGCCUGGGUCCUGGUAUAAAGAAGAAAUCUCUUUUCAUAUUUUC